AUGUCCCAGUCCCUUCGCUGCGUCUCCUCCCUGUCCCCUCCCCUCCAUGCUUCACGCAGGCUGGAAGCGGUGGAGCGACCCCAGCACGUGGGGAAAGCAGUCCCUGAUCUUCUGGGAGCAGCGCAAGAAGCUGACAACUCUCUUUCUCUCUUCUCCUUAAUUCCCUACACAUGGGGAAAGCAGUCGCUACUCCCCUGGGACAAGAAGCCCAAGGGGUGGCCCUUCCGCCUGGGCGUGCCUGGGCGCGGGCUGCUGCAGUGGCGGGACGUGACUAUACCGUGUGGCGCGGCCAUCCUGCUGGAUGUGCCUGAAGUGAGGGUUGGGAGGCUCAAGAUCAGGGGGUGGCUCAAGGUCCUAGACUCGCCCAAGCUCCCUCACAUCCGCGUCAGGGCCCGUUUCAUCCUCGUUAUGGGCCGCUUCACUGCAGGUUCCGCGUCCCGCCAGCUGUCCUCGCAUCUCACGGUCACCCUGCACCCCAACACCGGAUUCUCGGGCGGCAGGAAGCCGUACAAGCUCCGAAAAGUGCCGCCUGCUGACGCGAGAAACCCCCGAGACCUGGGGCACAAAGCGUUUGCUGUGGUGGGAGGGCAGGUGGACUUGCAUGGCAUGCCGGGGGGAGCUGACACCCCCUCGUGGGUGCGACUGGCAGCAACAGCAGCAGCGGGGCAGAGGCAGCUGAUUGUUGAAGGGGAUGUGAGGGGGUGGCGCCCAGGCCUCUCUAUUGCUGUUGCUUCUGCGAGUACUAACCUUAACGAGGCAGAGAGCCGAGAGAUCGGAUCAGUCGCCCUGGUCUCUCCAGCCACCUCCCCACCCACCACCCGCAUCACCCUCACAUCGCCCCUCGCCCACACGCAUGAGGGCACAUCGGUGCCGGACGGCUUUGGUGGCACAGUGGAUAUCCGUGCUGAGGUGGCGCUGCUUGAUAGGCAGAUCGUCAUUCAGGGCACGGACGAGCUUCCUCCUCACCAGUACGACGGCGGGCACUUCAUUAUCUAUAUGACUCGCACCCCUCAAACCAUCGAAGGUGUUCAGUUCAGGGGACUCGGCAACCAAGGCACGCUCGGGCGCUACCCCCUCCACUUCCACGUCUGCGGGCUCCCCGCGGACGCAUCUCAGCCGCAUAUCGUGCGGAAGAACGCGAUCGUGCACUCGAAGCAACGGUGCAUGGUGAUCCACGCGACCAGCAACAUGAACAUAGAGGAUAAUAUCACCUAUGAGACCAAGGGGCACUGUUACGUGGUGGAGGAGGGGUCGGAGAUGGGGAACGUGUUUCGGAGGAACCUGGGGAUGAGUGUGAGGAAGGUGGAGAAGGAGAUCCCCCCGGAUACAAGUGAUCGGUAUGGGUUCCACACGGACAAGCAACCGAGCGUGUUCUGGAUGGCCACUCCCUAUAACAGCUUCUAUGGGAAUGUUGCUGCUGGUUCGGAGAACAGCGGCUUCUGGCUGGAGGCCAACCCCACCAUGAGGGGCAUCUCCCGCCUGCUGCCUGCCAUCGGCAACAAACGGCCUGACAGGUUCAACUGGGGAGAAUAUGUGGGUAAUGUCGCGCACUCCUCGCUCUUUGGCUUCCGCACAUACCCCCACGGCUCUCAGUCCCGCUUCCCCGACUACACUGGGGUGAUCACGUAUCUCAAGGACGCCCUCUUUUAUCGGAACAAGGCUGGCAUCCUCUUUGUGAACACGGAUCGCAUAGUGGUGGAGAACGGUGCAUUUGUGGAGAAUGCGUAUGGGAUGGACAUAAGCCGCAACGGUGGGGUGACAGUCAAGGGGUGCCGCUUCGUGGGCACUCUCCCCUCCACCUGCACUGCUAAGGCUAUGGCUGCCAUUCGCAGCAGCAGCAGCAGCAGCAGCAGCAGCAGCAGCAGCAGCAGCAGCAGCAGCAGCAGCAGCAGCAGCAGCAGCAGCAGCAGAAUUAGCAGAAGCAGCGGCAGCAGCAAGAGCAUGAGCCUUGGCAGCAGCAGUAUCGCCAACAAGAGCAACCAGCCUUCAGCCACAGCUCCUGCCCCUCUCUCUCUUUCUUUCCACGGCCCCACCACAGAGUGGGAACCACCAGGCAUGGCAGAUGCCAUCAAGCCAUGGGCUGAGUUCCUCUAUCCCUUUCCCAGUGACGAUGGGGGAGACUAUGGUGAGGAUGGGGGUGAUUAUGAUGAUUAUGGGGAUUAUGGCGGGGUUGGUGGGGGGGGUGGGACUGGUAGUAGCAACAGCACAGGCAGCAGCAGUGGCGGCAGCAGCACCAGUAGCAGCAGCAGCAGCAGCAGUGGAGAGGCGGAGAUGGCAUACAACAUAACGGCAGGCGAGGUGCCUCCGUGGGCUGAGAGCUUCUGGCUGGGCUACUGGGACGAGCCCAUGCAAGCAGCAGCAGCAGCAGCAGCAGCAGCAGCAGCAGGGCAGGGGCAAGCAGCAGUGGCCGGGCAGGGGCAAGCAGCAGUGGCCGGGCAGGGGCAAGCAGCAGUGCAGCAGUUGACUCGGACUUUGAAGGCAGCCGUGCAGGCAGUAGGAGUGCAAGCAUCAGCAGCAGGGCAAGCAGAAGUAGCGGCGCAAGCAGCAGUGGUGGUGCCACAGAAGGAGAUAGGGGAUGGGUCUUUUGACUCGCCCAUUGGAGUCACGCUGAGCCAGAGCAACCCUGUUGACAUCCUGCGCCCCUCCUCCGUGGAACAUUCCCUCUUCUCAGGCUACGGCACAUGCACCACUAAUAGCUUCGGCAUCGCUCUCGUGACCAACAAGCCGGGAGGCUACUGGAACACGGCCUUCUAUGUGCAGAACAAUUCAUUCGCGUCAGGCAGCAAGAAAUUCUGGGCCACGCCAAACCCGCCUGCCGCCACUCCUCCUCGAGGGGGACUCAUCGCGCGGUUCUACGCCCUCAGGGAUCUCGACGGUUCUCUCCUCGGCACGCCGGGCGCCUUCGCAGUCGCUCCCUUCUCCCCCAUCCUGCCGCCUGCCACUGUGCGCCCCAGCCUGUGCCAGUACCGGGCUGAGAGCGCCGUGUGGCAGUGCCAAUCGGUGUGCUACAGGGCAGUGGGCGUGUUCUACUAUGAGCCGGGGGUGCGACCCAAUGGGAUGGAUGGUCUACCUGCUAAAGUGCUCCGGCCUUACAGCUACAUCAACAUCACAAGAGAAGAAGACGGGGAGACCUUCACAGCGUACGGCACGGACAACGACAACCCUGACAGCCCCCCUGCUGACCCCAAGCGCACCGCCUACCGUUACGUUACCGCGUCGCUGCUCGCUGGUUACACCUACCGGUUCACGAUCAUCCCUGCCCCCACCAACAGCCUCUUCUACCCCACAUGGGCUCAGCUGUGGUCGUACGACAAGGGCGGCUGUGAGGGGGGCCUGAAGAUCAAGAUGGUUGCUAGAGACCAAACCACUCAAUGGUUCGCCACCGAUGCUCCCAACCUCCCGUGCACAGGAGCCCUCAAGUACAAGACCUACAAGGAGUAUCUCUGCUCUUCCUCCUCCUCCUCCCCGCCUCUCCUGCAACUCACGGUCGGCGCCACCAGCUACGGCGCGCUCGCCACCAUGACGCUCAACACCUCCUCGCCCGCCUCUUGCUCUGCGUGA